AUAAAAUUUUAUUUAUUUACCACCAAAAAUAAACCCACCUCGGCGAGAUAAAAUAGUAUCUGAUAUUCUAGUGAUUUAUCACGAUAUUAUAGAAGGAUUUUCGGAAUUCUUUAUUUCGGUUAAUUAGGAGUCGAUCGUUGAUCUGCUGCUAUACCUCGAUACGUGAGUCAUGUCCAACGAAGAACGUCUGCAUACGCUGCUUGCUGAUUUAGGAAAAGCAACGUUAAGGGGAGUGCGUAAAUGUCCAAAAUGUGGUACGUACAAUGGGUCACGUGGGCUGAGCUGCAAGAACAAGUACUGUGACGUGGUGUUCAAAGAGCCGGGGGAAAAACGAAAAUUAUCAACGGAAGCUUGUAAACUUAUAACAGGAUCAACUGCCCAGGUCUUUUCUGUCAGGGUACGAGAUAAAGGUCCUGAUUAUCGUGGAUUCGUACAACUUCCUGUGAUUAACACAGCAAUGGUUGACGAAAAUUCCGCCCUAAUAACGCAAACUACUGCUUUAUGUUUCGUUGACACUUGUGAAAGAAGUUUUAAUGCAAGUGUAUUAAAAUGUCACGAUGCGUCUGAAUUAUCCAUAUCAACUUGCCAACACAUCCAAGCUGCGCUACGUUGCUAUGCCGAAGCUCAACCAUUGACUCUGCGUAAUUCAAUAUUGUCAUCGUUAAAUGUCAAUAAUGAAAUAAAGCAAGAAAUAUGGCUGCUAGCUACGGAGACAUCGGGUCCCUUGGUGCAAAGAGUGUCAAAAAAUAUUAUGGCAGUCAAAUGUAAAGCAUCACCAAAGCACCCGCUAGGAUACUUACAUUUCUCAUUUUUCGUCACUAAAUUGAAGGACAGAGUUGAGCACAGAUGUUUAUGCAGUUGUUCCGCCUUUAAAAGUACAACAAAGUUUGGGGAUAAAACGGAGGUGUCACAAUCUCAAAUUAAACGUUGCGUGCAUUUUUAUGCUUGCAUAUGUGCAUUUGCUAGUGAUCCAAAGCUUGCUGAAGAAUUUGAGUACUACGUUAAUUUAGAUCAGGCUGAUCUCAGUAUACAAAAAUCUAUGAGCACCGAGUUUCAAAUUAACGAAGCUGAUAAAAUUGUUGGAAUGGAUUUGGAGAGCUUGACAGCUGAUGAAACUGAUACGCAGCUGUUAAUAUUUCGAGAUGAUACGAUAGAUUUGGAUACUGCAAUUUUACCUCAUAAUAUUGUAGAAAAUAUUGAAGUAGAAUGUGAUCAUAAUUUGUUAGAUGAUGCCAAUAUUAUUUCACAGGUACAUAAUUUGGAAGUGAUAGACCAAAACUCGGUACUGGACGAAGAUACAGUAAAAAUUCUCGAUAGUCAAUCUCUAAUUGACACGAAGUAUAAUGUGAUAAAUGACAGCCAGUAUCUAUUAGACAAUAACAAUGUCAAGAUUCUUGACAGUGGUACAGUCAAAAUACUGGAUGCUCAUACCGUACUAGAUGCUGAUACCAUGAAACUUCUGAAUGGAAGUACAAUAAUAGACGAUAAUACUGUUCAAAUAAUCAAUGGUAAUGCAGUAAUACAGUGCGGUUGUGGCGAUAUGAUAAGCUCAGACAAUACUGAUAUGCUGCAAACGAGUGGGAAGAGGAAAAGAGAUGAAAGGUUACCAAACCUGUCUUCCACAAGUUUAAAUAAUUUGAAUUCAAUAGAGCCAAGAAAGGCAAGAGCAAAGCCGACGGUUAUUAAAAAAUAUCAUAAUUCAUGCGAGAACUUGGACGAAAGCAAUACCAGCUUGUCGUUUAUCAAAUGGCUUGCUUCAAUAACUGAAAGAAUAAAUCAAACAAUGCAUUUUCAAUUCGAUGGCAAACCCGAUCCUUUGGUAUUUCAUGUGCCUCAAAUAUUUUUCGAUUGUCUCCGAGAACGGAUAUCGUGCGGUGGUAAGAAAAAGAGACUGCCAAAUUCGACAACGGCUUUUGUUAGAAAAGAUGGGGUACCUCUGGGCACAUUCACGAAAUACACCUGGCAUAUUACGAAUAUACUUCACGUGAAAAGUAUUUUUGAAACUCCGAUUAUGCCCCUAGAAAUAACUAGAAGUUUCGUACAAAAUGCUGACGGAACUUAUGAAUUGUACAAGCGGGAAGAAACGGAAAUGGACAAGUUUAAAAAAACUGGUAAUCAACCGUUGAUUAAACCACUAGAACUGAAAACGUACCUGAAAGUCGGUAAUACUUCCCCAAAUCAAAUCGAACCAACACCAUUUUUGAUCGAAUGGAUACCGGAUAUAUUGCCGAUAUCUAAAAUAGGAGAGCUGAGAAUUAGGUUUGAGUACGGUCAUGUUAAAAAUGAACUUACUCAACGGCGAAGAAAAGUUGCUUUGUUGAAAAAUUAUUGAAAUCUAAGAUAAUUUCUUAAUUUACUCAUUCCUUUAGCAGAGUAUGAGCAUGGAUUAUCAAAGUUAACAUUAAUCAGCGUGAAUUGUAGAAAACUUAUUUGCAAUCUUGAUGUAUUAUUAAUCAAUUUAUCAAAUCAUGAAUUUUAUAAGUUGUAUAUUACGAUGCAAGCAAAGGUAUAGCGGGUCUUUAUUAUCAAUCCAUUGUCGUAUGAUGCCCGAAGCUGCAUCGUAUUUAAGGAUGAAAGCUCACUUAUUUCCUGAGCCCCUUAUUGCGUGCGUUAAAUUUCUGAAAAUGUGUGGGAUUUCACGAUCUAACUCAUUGGCAUCAGAAAGUUUAUCAUUUCGGGCAAAUCAUAAGAAAAUCAAUGACUGCUCAUUUGUUAACAUAAAGUGAAUAUAGAAAGAAAUGCGGUAGAAAGCAAUACUCUUAAUUAAAUACGGUUCUCCUGGAGCGUUAUAGAUAUUUUCUGCCACUAGAAUGCAACAAUAUGUUUGAUACUUUUUUCUCCAAUACGUAUGCUGAGGGAUUAACUAUGUUGCAGUAGAAUAAUGUGUUGUGAUUGUGCAUACUUCAACAAACUGAUAUAAUUUUUUUGGUUCCCAUGUAUGGUAUAGUUUUAUAUUAAAAUCGGAAUUUAAUUAUGAAUUUUCCGAAGCCAGUGAUACGUGCAUAAUAAUAUUAACGUGACUUCGUGUGAUUUUUAGUUUUCGAAAAAUCAUUUUCAUAUCAUAUAGUAUCAUCAUAUUUAUUUUGUAACAUAGCAUAAUUUCGUUCAAGUUUACUGCGCGAGUAAACGUGUUUUGUUUUAUUUUAUCUGCUUCUACAAUCAGACUUGUACACCUAUGUAUAAAAAAUCACCUGUAUUUAAAUCUUGUUUAUUAAUCUACGUGAAAAAAUUACAAAUUUCUGAAUUUUUGACUAUUAGUUUAUUUAGUGGUCGAAGUAGUAAAUGUAUAGUAUUUAUGAUGUAAAUACUAAAGAAAGAAACUAUGUGCAUGGAAAAACAAUAUUACUCCAUUUACUGUAACUUAAAAAACCCGAUUUUUCUGCUAAUAUAAUUUUUCCAUCAACAGUAAUAUGAUCUAAGGAAAAACAAAUAAAAAUUGGAAGUGAACCAUUUCUUACUCACUCUGAUAAAUAAUGAAUAUGCAAGACGGCAACUACGUAUGCGUUUAUUGGGAUUCUGAGAUUUUUGGCAAAAGGCCGAUAAUUAUCAUUUCUAUGCGGUACCUGAGCGCGGGCGUGGGAGUGUGAUUCAAAACUAAAUCCAUAUCAUCAAUCCAA